AGGUAGAAACAAUAAUUUCUCCUUAUCUCCGCCUCGAUGUGGUCUCAGGUGACAGAAGGCAGGUGAUGAGCAAGCAGCGAUGGGCGGAGUUUUGGUGAACAGGUGAACUCACCGCGGAGAGUCCCCUCAUUCUGGAUUAGACCUUUACAGGUCCAGCAGAGCUGAAACUGAACUAACGCUUUGUGGACUCCGUCGACUCUGCCAGCUGAAGAGCCCACCAUGGAAACACAAACUGGAAAACAAAGGCCUUCUCAAGGCCAGCUAAUCUCUGUGCCACAUAAAGACACGAUCCGGCUGCUGGAGGUGUACGUCAAGCGUAGCCUCAGCCUGAAUGAUGGCACGCUGGGGACAAAGCGGGCAGGGAAGAAAGAAAAGUGGGUGACCAUGGCCAGAAGGCACCGGCGAUCCUCCAGCGAUCCUUCCCUUUUCUUGGCUGAAGGAAUAAAUCUUGAAAACAAUGAUGUGUUUUUUGCGGCCAAACCUCUGGCAGAUGUGCCUGAAAAACCUCCUGAAGAUUUAGAGAAAAUAAAAGUGACAAAGAAGAACAAGAAGCCUUCAUUUUUGAAAACUUUGUUUGGCUUUUUUACACGAAAGAAUGAUGAAGACAGUGACGAUGAUCAGUACUGUCCAUCGACAGUUUCUGCUGCCUCUGAACCGGUAACAACCUGCCUGCCGACAACUUCGGCUACUUUACAAAAGAGGAAAAAGUCCUUAAGGAGAAAACGGUCAAAAAGACUUUCUAAAAGAGCGAGUAAACUUGGUAAAGAUCUAAUCGCUGCUGAUAUUACCGGAGUAGGAGCUGUCGUCAGUGUGGAGCCAACGUAUGCAUAUUAUGAAAAGGUGUCCGAAGAACUGGAAAAAAUUGUGCAUGAAGUCAAAGAAAAAGAGGAAAAUGAAACUCUUUCAGAUGGUGAAGUUCUCAACAGGCUCAUUGCUUUAACGAAGGAGCAGGGUGAUGCCAUGGAGGGCAAGCUUAAAGAUAACCCCACCCUGAGCAACUUCUUCCAGCGACUGACUUACUCCUCCUUCCAGAAGUUGGCGGACGCUUAUCUGGAGAAAGAGACGACGACGACGCCGACCCACAAUCCUCCCACCGUACAUCCAACGGCGCCUGAGCUGGUCAAACUGGCCUUUACUCUGGACUUCACCGCCAGGAUCGCUGGACUUUCCAAGCAGAACGUAGGCCACAUCACUUGUCUCGGGAACCGCUAUCUGCAGGAUCGAUUUGAGUACACGCAGGCGUGUACAGAUCAUCCAUAGUCCCAACAGCGAUGACUCAAGUCCUGCCGCACAAAUGACUCCACAGAUGUGAUUAGAGAUGAUGUACACACAAUUUCAUCAUCUCAAAGCUCGUCAAGGACACGCAAUUUCAACUUUGAGUAGAAUUUAAUUAAUUUCUGACUAAAAAUCUGUGAACGUGUGCUGCAUCAACAAGAAACUGAAUUCUCUGGAGAUACGAGCGCUUCUGUUUGGAAGAUCUUAAAGAAUGUGGUCCUAAUAAGCACGAAGUAGUCCUGCAAAAUCACAAUGUC